GACGGAAUCACAAUCAAAAAGUUCUUUUGUUCCAGUUCCUUUUGUCUUCUCUGUCUUUCUUUUACACGUCAAAGCGUCUUGUGAAUGCACCAUAUAACCCAUCACGAUCGCCACGACUUUUACACGCUGCGCUCCGUAACGCCCUUCUCUGUUUUAUAGACUCGUCUCUCAACUCUUACUAUCGUUAUCCACAAUUCAAAUCCCCAAUGUCUGUUUCGAUCAAAAUCGUGCCCAUGCAGAACUCUCUGCACAUGUUUGGAGACCCGGAUCGUUCGUCGGCGUACUCACUUUCUGGACACGUUCAGAUUACAUUAUCACCUCAUUUCCUGAGCAGAAAGCCCGCAAAAGUCCUUCUCCAGUCGUUGGAACUAUUGUUGGAGGGUCAAAGUGAAGUUUCCGCACCGGCGAUUGGAUAUUCUGCCGUUCGUUUGUGCGCGAUAACGAGGGAAUUGGUACCCCAUGAUCAUCCUGUGCUGCUGAGCAAUGACGGAGACGAAAUACCUGGACAAUCUUGCCGAUGGAACGCUACCUUCAACAUAAAUGUUCCAGGCUGGUUGCCGGCUUCUUCUUCAUUCGGGAUGGAUGGUUCGGGUGUUUCUUAUCAACUAUUUGCGACCGCAAAAUAUGUCGACGUCGGGAAUCAUAAACGUGAUACAUCACCUCAUCACCGCACCUCCUCCUCCUCCUCCUCCUCCUCGUGGUCUCUUAGCGGUAUAUAUUCUGCUAUAUGCUCCGGCCAGCGUACCGCCACUGCCGAGCACAAUGUCUCUAUGAAACGGUUCUUCGGGUUGCCCAGUGAAGAUACGCCGGGACCUGUGUCUCCGAUAACCUAUCUGCUGAACAGUAAUAAAAUUACCACCUCUCGUAACACCGAUAAGCUGCAGAUUCCUCCGGAGAUUCUUUCCAAGAUACGCAUUCUGGCAUCGGUACCGGAGUAUGUGAACGUGGAGGAUAACCGGGCUACUCUCACCCUGCGACUUCGCACGAAGGAUUUAAAGGCGGAAGAGUGUCAGCGACUGCAGCUGGUGGGAUUCCGUGUGGACAUUAUACAGAAAGAUAAAUGCAGGUCGCAGCCUUCCAAAGAAUACAAGUCCCGCUACCCGCUUCCCGCCGAGGAACUGCAACCACCGAAUCUCCCUCUCCGCUGGACCCAAAGGUCACCAUUGUCAAUGGAUUAUUACUCACAAAGCGGGAAGCCUACCGGUUCAUGUUCGCGUACAUUUUCCCUCCUACCUCCCUCUGAAGAUGGGCAAUAUCUCUUGCAAAAUGAGAACUAUAUCUUCGCAAACGAUGCUACGCAUACAGAUAUCCCGACCUGGUAUACUUUGCAGACGAACAUUCCAGUGAUGCAUAACGUUCCCGGAAACGAUGAUGACGAUUCCAUCGAAUGGGCUGGUAACCGGAUUCUGCGACCGACUAAUCUCGCUGGACCUCUUCUUACUGUCCGACACGAAAUCAUUGCUACAUUGUUCAUGUCUUACGACGUCCCUGACUCUACGCAGAGGGCCCACCAAAGCCUCACGUUCUCUGUACCUGUGAAGUUCGCUUCACCCGCUCCUCUUUUAACGGCUCAAUGCGACUCACAACCUGAAACUCAUGACGCUCUUAAUGACCAUUCGGACUCGGAUUCUUCACCCAUACUCCCUCCCUACUCCCAGUUUUACUACUCAAACGGAGAUCGCAAAAUUGAUCCUACACCACUCCCAUUAUACACUCCUCGCGAAGCUCCGAACAAGGCUAUUGUCGAAUCUGUGGGAUUGUCUGAAGAUGAACAUAGACAUUCGGUUGCGGUUGUUCAAGAUAUUCCGAUUUUCAGUCAAAAAGCAUGCACUAUAGCAUGA